AUAACCUAUGACUAUAGUACAGGGAAGAGGAAGCGCUGCCCUGACUGGAGCAGGAUCCGUGGCCGUAGCCUCUCACCCAAGUGAAGUGUUCACUCCUGAGGAUAGAAAAAGAUCAAGCUAAUGCUCCAGUCUUUAACAAGGCAGCUACUUCAGGGAUAUUGAUGUUCUGAUUGAUCCUUUAUUCCUGACUGUUCAAAGUGGACCUCAAAGGGGAAAUCGGAGCAAAGAAGUCACUACCUAACAGUCCAAGAGGCUCAGAAGCAAAGCUGGAGGUGGGCCAUGAGGAAAAGUGGAACCAUGCUGACCUCGUGCACUGCGGAGAAGCUGACUCUGCAUCUACAAAUUCCAUCACUGGUGCAGAUGAGGAAGAAGAGGGUCCCCAGAUUUGCCGUGUAUGUGGGGACAAGGCCACUGGUUAUCACUUCAAUGUCAUGACAUGUGAAGGAUGCAAAGGCUUUUUCAGGAGGGCCAUGAAACGCAAUGCCCGGCCCCGGUGCCCCUUCCGGAAGGGCACCUGUGAGAUCACCCAGAAGACCCGGCGCCAAUGCCAGGCCUGCCGUCUUCGCAAGUGCCUGGAGAGCGGCAUGAAGAAGGAGAUGAUCAUGUCUGAUGCGGCUGUGGAGCAGAGACGGGCCUUGAUCAGGAGGAAGAAGAGAGAACGGAUUGAAACUCAGCCCUCUGGAGCCAAGGGUCUGACUGAAGAGCAGCAAAUGAUGAUCAGGGAGCUGACGACUGCUCAGAUGAACACCUUUGAUAGCACCUUCAUUCAUUUCAAGAAUUUCCGGCUGCCAGAUGUGCUCAGCAGUGGCCGCCAGAUUCCAGAGCCUCUGCAGAUUCAGUCCAGGGAGGAAGCCGCCAAGUGGAGGAAGAUCAGGGAAGAUCUGUGUUCAGUGAAAUUCUCCUUGCAGCUGCGGGGGGAAGACGGCAGCGUCUGGAACUACAAGCCCCCAGCCGACAAUGGCGGGAAAGAGAUCUUUUCCCUGUUGCCCCACAUAGCUGACGUGUCCACCUACAUGUUCAAAGGCAUCAUCAACUUUGCCAAGGUCAUCUCCUAUUUCAGGGACCUGCCCAUAGAGGACCAGAUCUCCCUGCUGAAGGGGGCCGCCUUUGAGUUGUGCCAGCUGAGAUUCAACACGGUGUUCAACGCAGAGACCAGGACCUGGGAGUGUGGUCGGCUGUCCUACUGUGUGGAAGACCCUGCAGGUGGCUUCCAGCAACUUCUCCUGGAGCCCGUGCUGAAAUUCCACUAUAUGCUGAAGAAGUUGCAGCUGCAUAAGGAGGAGUACGUGCUUAUGCAGGCCAUCUCCCUUUUCUCUCCAGACCGUCCAGGUGUGGUGCAGCGCCUCGUGGUAGACCAGCUGCAGGAACAGUUCGCCAUGACCCUGAAGGCCUACAUCGAGUUCAACCGGCCCCAGCCCGCCCACAGGUUCCUGUUCCUGAAGAUCAUGGCCAUACUCACCGAGCUCCGCAGCCUCAGCGCCGAGCACACCCAACAGCUACUGCGCAUCCAUGACGUUCACCCCUUCGCCACCCCACUCAUGCAGGAGCUCUUCAGCACCACAAAUGGCUGACUGGCCACCCCAAGGCAGCCAGAGCCGGGGCCCUCAGAGCCGGAGCCACCAUUCCUGGGGCUGGACAGAUGGACGCUGACAGUGCCCGACAGGUCCUGCUUCCCCAGGGGUCUCACAGAGACAGCCGUGAUGAUGGCAGUCUAGCGUUCCUCAGCCCCCAGCUCGGUCUGGGGAGAGCCAAGCCCAAGUGCCUUACAUGGAGACUGUGCUGGCCCCUAGGUCAGGCCCUUAGAGAGGCAAAGCACCCCUCUCCCCUUAGAAGAGGCCCUGGGUCUGGGCAUCUAGUGUCAUGGUGGGAGAGAGGAUAGGAUGCCUGGGGCUGGGGCAUCUGAGGGUCUGUGCCCACACCCAAGUUCAUUAGCUUCUUGGGUUUUUUCACUGCUUCAUCUGCUACCCCACACUUGCCAGCCAUUCCCAACCCACAACCUCCAGUCCCAAGUUGCUCUGUGAGUUCCAGGCCUGUGUACUCUAAUGCAGGUGCAUUAGAGUUGAGGGAGUCCUUUAGAGAGAGGCCAGAAGGCCUGCACUGUCACAAGCUUGUCAUAACCUCUUCUGUGUAUUCUCCCCUCAUUCUGUUUCCAUUCAUGAAAAUACAUCAUUACACACUGACAAUAUGCAACCUGCUGUGGGGAGUACACGCUGACUCAGACAUGGAUCCUGACCUUGAUGGGGGUGUGUGACUUGAUGCAGGUCAGCUUCACAACAAAACUGGGGCUGGUUCCUCCUGAGACUGGAACACUGAGGACUCCGUGAUGAGGCUAUAUGGACGGCAGUUAAUCAAUGUGUUCCUGUUUACACAUGUUUUCAAAGCUAGAGUAUGAGAGCCUCUGCUUUAUAACCAUUUUGAGUAAAAAUGUUUCUGCAUUUUUUCGCAAAUUACAUUUUCAUUAACUGUACAUAGGGCAUCCCAUACCUAAGAACCAGUCUUAUCACAUAUGAUCCUAUGGUUAAUGUCAAAUCAAGGCAAGAGGACUUAAAUAAUUAACUUUUGGUUAGAGACUUAAACUUUUUUGGCCUUCCUUUCUGGGGGAAAAAGAAAUGUGGGGAUGGUGAUAGAGAAAUAUAUUUGUAUAUAUUUGUUUUUACAAUACAUAUUUUACUAUGGCCCUUUAUGUAUCUGAAGACUGUUGGUGUGAGAACAUAAAAAGUGCAUUAACUUGGCUUGUUCAUGAAAAUAAUUAUUCCAUAUAAAAAUUUUACAUAUCAUUCAAAAUGUAGUAAUUUUAAAUGACUAAUAUUUUUAUGCAAAUGAAGCUACAAGUUAACUGAAUUUUAAGGAACAGAUAUUCACUUUUACCAUUUUUCAAGAAGGCCACACUUGGAGAACUUAAGUCAUUGAGACUAUACAUCAAAGCUAACAAACAUAUUCUCUGUCACCCCUCCAGAUUCCCCAGCCUCUUCUGCAUCAAGGGGAUGUAGAACACACUAACUUUUAGAAAAGAAUCUGAGGGAAAAGGAGUUCUUCUUCCCAAACACAUUGCAGAUUUUGCCCCCAGUGUCUAAUUAUACUCAUUUAGAAAUAUAAAUAUAUUCCUGUAUCAUAUACACCUCUUCUUUCGCAUUGAAAUAACUUUGAGUGUGCUAUUCACUCAAGAGCCUGAAAUGGUUGUUAAGUGUAGACUACGGUAAGGUAAGAGCAAGGUGAUUGAGGUGGGAUGUAAAAAUGCCCAUCUCCCAGUAUUGAUUUGAAAAACAUCCAGGCAGUUUCACAAACAUUGAAUUGAUAUGUAUGUAUGAAUUACAUAUAUUAUAAAAACUAAGGGUAGUCCAAGCGCAGUUAAGGUUCAGGGUUAGGUGCACCAAAGAGGUCAAGCAGGAUUCUUCCUUUCAGCAGCUUUGUGCAUGUCCAGUUUAUAGGGCUAGGAGCCAGUCAACUUUUCUACUCUCGAAUGUUUGAAUUUCCCUGUUACUCCCUUCCCUGAGCUCUUGAGCAGCAGAACUUAGCAUCAGUUUCUAGGCAUCCCUGGGACCCCCAUUCUUUUUCUAGGUGUUGCCUCAGUCAGGUGAGGAUGGAGUCAGUCUCCAAAGCUCAGGAGAGAAGCCCAAGUAGGUUACUGCUUACCUUCUGGCUCCAUUAAGUCAGAGCCACUCUGCCACCAAUCUCUACCUGGUCUGGACUUUAAGGAUCCAGUUAAAGCCUGGAUAUCAACAACUCGUGGGAAGGCCCAUUGUGUCUUCUCUUUUGUGAAAAGAGAUGUUAAGAGAAACAUACACUUAACGGGCCAUUCCUUCACAGCCUGUGACAGCUCGUGGGCUUCAUCAUAUCGUUUUCCACAACAGCUUCAGUCUUCCCCUUAACAUAACCACAACCCUCCGAAACCUGAAGAUGCUAGUGAGUGGGUGAAACAGUCCUGCACCUGAGAGAGGGGUGAACACCCCAAUGCUUUUGUUCACUUCAGACUUCUCCACAAAGGGGAGUUGCAACCUGAGUGCUCCCUUUCAUAACUACCCUUCUCAGUGGGCACCCAGGGUCACUGCUCACCUGAGAUAUGAUCUCAAAGGACAGGUUCACCACUACUUCUUCAAAGUCCUUAACCCAUUACACAAGUGACAUCUUGAGUAUUUGUGCUGACCCCCAGCCUUCCCCCCCAAACCCCUGCAACUGGUAAAAGUGUUUAUUUUAUAAAUAUUAGCCAAGCCCAGCACCACAACAAUAAAUAGAGGACCAGACUUUAUCCAAUAUAAAUUUGUUUUUAUUGAAGCAGCAGUCACAUGACUUUAUAUCUAGCCUUUAGAUUAGGCCUGACGGAGUGAGCCAGCCCUAAAAAAAAAUGAUGUUUCUUUUUGCACUAAGAGACAUAACAUGUUUACAUACAUCAUCCAGUAU